CACGAUAUCAGAGCAAUCGUGAGCAAUCCAUAUCAAUCCCUAUGCAAGUCGUCUGGGAAGCAGACACAGCGGCGUUUGCAAAUCGCAAGAGAGCUGCAAGGGCUUGCACAAAAUGUCGCGCCGCAAAAAAGCGCUGCCAUCAUACUUUUCAGCGUCCUCCCGAACAACAAGCCGAUUCCGAUGGUCUUGAUCGGGUGCUGCCCAACCUGACGCAUAAAGAACCCAUCCGUUUUGUUGGUGAUACGAAUCCAGAGUCGAUCUUGACAGACCUGUCAUCUCGAGCCAAGGGUGCCACACGUAUAAGUCGUGUUGGCACCUGGGUUGAACAGUCACGCCAUCCACAAGAUGACUUCCCUCCAGAAGACCUGGGUCCGCCGGCACGGUCGUGUAACAAGACACCCAUCAACGUCGAAAAGUAUGGCAAGUUUGAGGGUGGCCGUAGAGUCCUCACCGGCCAUCAACGGAACUACCUGCAGGCCGUGGGUGCCUUCAGAGUCCUUCCCAAAGCCACGCAGGAUGCGCUGAUCACCACGUACAUUUCGUGCCUGGAUGGGCUGUUGCCCAUUCUAUACGGUCCCAAACUCUUGCGAGACUGGACAGAAGGACGCUGUUCAAUAUUCCUCAUCCAAGCGAUCUGUCUAGUGACCUGCAAAACCGAAGAGGCGGCUCCCUACCUACGACUUUACGACGAUGGACCACUUCUCGAACCGAUCCCCUUCGCACGGAGUCUCCACACGGGUCUUGACGCAGCCAUGAAGGCAGACCUGGAGCCCGAUCGGGUCACCAAAAUCCAGAUCUUGACCUUGAUGCACCUACACAACGACGGGCCUGGAGGUAUCGAGGAAUCCUCCCUCCACCUGUCCCAAGCCAUUCACGACGCCUGGACAGCAGGCAUACACAUCCAAACUCCCGGCCGCACACCUCGCGACCAAGCCAGCAUGCUGUGGUGGACGAUAUGGACACUCGACAAAUUCAACGCUUGUCUCGGUGGUCGUCCCAUCAUGAUUGCAAACCGCGACAUCGACAUAAAGGAACCACCUCUCGAAUCCAGUGCAAAAUCCCAAGUCAUUCACGCCUGGCUCCGCCUCGGCAAUCUUCUCGAUGAGGUUAUCGAGUUCUACCGCCCAACCGCCAACCCUGACGCCACAGGUUGGGAGACAGAUUUCCCUUCCUACACCUUACUGACUCAGGAUAUCGAUCUCUCUAUGCUUUCCGAUGGCGAACAAAGCCUCCUGGAAAUAUGCUACCACGUAAUCGCUAUCCUAUCCUGCCGCGCCGGCGGUCCCACCACCUCCUCGUAUGCCCGCCGCAUCUCCGCCGCGGAUCGCAUUCAAUACCUCGUCGCUGAUGGUCGACACUCGCACAUCCCUCCGAUCCCCCUCGUCCCGUACGCCGUCGGCCUUUCUCUUACCGUUGUGUACCGCUGUCUGAGAGAUAACGCCAAUAUUGACCUCGAGCGCGCGCAAGCAGACCUCGCCACGCGCUGCGAAACCCUCGAAGCACUCUCCACGUACUGGUGGACCGCCGACGCCAUGGCUCGGCUCGGCCGCAAGGCCUUGAAGAGUCUCCAACAACCCGGGGUCAGGAAGCACUCGGUCGCGAAUAUCCAGAACGCCAUGGACGCGGAAGUCGCCGUGUGCAAAUUCGGCCCGUUCGACAGAAAAUCCAACGCGGCGCCGAACUCUUCUACCAGCAAAGCCGAGACGGGCACCCACACGGGAAAUGCUCUGCACGUACUGUCCGACGCAGCGGCCACUCAUUCGACCACUAGCCCAGGCCACGACGGCAGCGGCGCUCGAAGUCAUCACCACGGCCAAACAGUCAGCGCGACGCCGGGAUCAGCACCAUUUUCUACACAGGCGCAGACCAUGACACCGCCAACGCCGCUGCCGCCGACACCGCACCAGUUCGGCGCGGCCACAACAGCCGACACGGCCGGCCCCUUGAACGUAUCGGCAUUUGACCAGUACCAGUACCAAUUCAACGACCUGGACAAUUUGUUCGAGGGCUUCUUCGACCUCAGCAUGCCGACCAUCUUUCAGGACCCCUUAUUCGACGGCGACGCUUUCAUGAAUGCUGAUUUGGGUCUGGGCUUUGGUGACGAAGCCGACCACACGACUGCUGCCGGGACAGGCACGGCCACGGAGCUGGACAACGUUGCAGCAGCAACAUCGCAGCGAUUCCACACCAUGACUCCUGCAGCAGCUGCUGGCGCCGCCAUAGUACCAAUGCCGCCUACUACAAACAUCAUGCCCAACUCUGCGUCUGGGCUCGCGUCGUCCAGGACCACGGGACCCGGAGCACCAGCACGCGGAGCACAGCGCACCAUGUACCCGGACAUUGGGCUCAGUUGAGUGACUUUCUGAAGACGAGGUUCCUCCAUAAUACCGGACUGAAUUCAUUGGCGCAGGCGUGGCUUGGGAUAUUAUGGUACUGUAUAGGCAUGGAACGACGUGAUAGACCAGUAGAGGACGAAGACGACUAUAAUGCGGGUUCUUGCAAGAUAUAUGACAAGAAUGACGUGGCAUUGCACGGGCAGGGGCCACGGCAUUGGUUAAUAUGGUGUCUCAUCGCAUGGUAUAGCACAGUACUACCAUACUAAUAUUGAUUCGCUUUUCC